AUGUGGCUGACUCUAGUCGCCCUGGUAAAAUCUGCCAUUUUGCAUUUCUACGGCCAGACUUUCCAAAAUACCGCUUUCAUCCGCAUCGUCUACGCAGUCAUGGCCAUAGUAAUUGCGUUCUGGAUUUCAGCCUUCUUUGCCGACGUCUUCUUCUGCAUUCCCGUGCACAAAACCUGGCUCCCGGAGACACCUGGGCGGUGUGGAGAGAGCAGUAGCAUGUACAUUGGCAUGGCCAGCGCGGACCUUGCUAUAGAUAUUGUUGUCUUGAUACUUCCCAUGCCUAUAUUAUGGGGCCUCCAACUCCCAGCCGCGAGAAAGGUCGCUCUUACCUUCGUCUUUGGCCUAGGGUUUAUAAUCAUCUUCAUAACGUCCAUUCGCCUCAAGUUUUUCUUAGAACUUGAUCCUUUCGAUUUCACCUAUACGUUUUCCAAGAUCGCUCUCCUUUCGACACUCGUCCCAUUGCUCGGGAUCACCAAUGCAAACCUACCGAUCAUGGGCCCGGCCUUUCAGAGAAUCUUUCGCUCGUCAUUGCUCACGAGCCAAACAAGAAAGUCAAGCAAUACAGGAAGCAGUGGAAGUCGGUUCCAGAAAAUGCCUGAAUCGGAGUUGCCUUUGGUGGGCAUCAAUGGUGAGUGGCUCGAGAUUAUAUCACGACCCGUGACUUCACUUUUUGCGCUCUCGAAUAAAAUCGUGCGUUAA